CCCACCAUCAAAAUUCCCACUUGCAACUUCAACUCGGCAACCGAACCCAGCUUGACGACACCACUAUAAGAACCUUUCAAUUAUCGUCUCUGCGGCGCGAGAAACAAUCAGAAAUAGUCUCACAGCCAGGAACCGAAAACCGCAACAAUGGCGACCACAGUAGAUAAGAUUAAAGAGAUCGAGGCCGAAAUGGCCCGGACUCAGAAGAACAAAGCCACAUCGUAUCAUCUCGGCCAGCUCAAAGCUAAACUCGCCAAGCUCAAGCGGGAACUGCUCACCCCGUCGGGCGGCGGCGGCGGUGGCGGCGCGGGUUUCGACGUCGCGCGUACCGGUGUCGCCAGUAUCGGCUUCAUCGGAUUUCCCUCUGUCGGCAAGAGCACGCUCAUGAGCCGGCUAACAGGCCAGCACUCCGAGGCGGCCGCGUACGAGUUCACGACCCUGACCAGCGUGCCGGGCCAGGUCAUCUACAACGGCGCCCCCUUGCAGAUUAUCGACUUGCCCGGUAUCAUCGAGGGCGCAAAAGACGGCCGUGGCCGCGGGCGGCAGGUCAUUGCCGUCGCCAAGACGUGCCACUUGAUCUUCAUCGUGUUGGACGUCAACAAGCCGCUGACGGAUAAGCGCGUCAUCGAGAGCGAGUUGGAAGGGUUCGGCAUCCGGAUCAACAAAGAGCCGCCGAAUAUAACGUUCAAGAAGAAAGAUAAGGGCGGGCUGAACAUCACCAGCACCGUGCCGCUGACCCACAUCGACCACGACGAAAUCAAGGCGGUCAUGAGCGAGUACAAAAUCAGCUCGGCGGAUAUUGCCAUUCGUUGCGACGCCACUAUCGAUGAUCUGAUUGACGUGCUCGAGGCAAAGAGCCGAAGCUACAUCCCGGUCAUUUACGUGCUCAACAAGAUCGACAGCAUCAGCAUCGAGGAGCUCGACCUGCUCUACCGCAUUCCCAACUCGGUACCCAUCAGCUCCGAACACGGGUGGAACAUUGACGAGCUAAUGGAGGCCAUGUGGGAGAAGCUCAACCUCGUCCGGGUAUACACUAAGCCCAAGGGGAAGAUGCCCGACUACGACUCACCGGUGGUGCUGCGGGCGAAUCGGUGCACCGUGGAAGAUUUUUGCAACCAAAUUCAUAAGAGCAUUGUCGAGCAGUUCAAGGCUGCGAUCGUUUACGGCAAGUCGGUCAAGCACCAACCGCAGCGGGUCGGCCUUUCUCACGAGCUGGCGGACGAAGAUAUUGUCACAAUUAUCAAGCGGUAAAAGACGUUCUGAGGAAGCUCAUACGGGUUGGCCGUGCGCAAGUACGUUGUCUACACACGAACUCGGUCAGACCAACCUACGAUACGCCGUGCCCCCCUGUGAUGUGCCGGGUUAGCGACAGAGGCGUGGGCUCGACAUUG